GCAUGGACUUUCAGCUAGAGGUUAACGAUUUUAAAGUGUUGAACAAUUUGCAAUGUAGACGCCAGUAUUACAAAUCCAAUGUUCUUUGGAAAAUGAAAAACAAUUAAAAAUACAGCUUUUCAUGAAUCAACGUACGUAAUUUUUGCUACUGUGAAAAACAUAUAGAGUGUCAUAAUAGAUGUUUGUUUCGAAAGUAAAUCACGUCAAUUUAAUUGAAUUGCCAAAAUUUUUUUUUUAUGACUGAAUGUUUUUAUUAGUUCAGUAACGAUGAUCUCGUCAAAGGAAAAUUGUUCAAUUUUUUAUUCUUUGCGAGAUCGUGAACUUGGAAAUGGACAUUCUGCAUAUCGAACUAGUCUAAAGAUCAUAUCGAAACUAAUUCGUUCAGAACACAUUUCUUUCAAGAAAGCAUGGCACAAAAAGUCAUCGAAACCUAUCGUGUACGAAAAUGGAUUGCUUCAUCUGGACAAUUAUAAAAAGUGUUUCUGCAUUUAUGGGAAAAAUGCAAAUCCAAGUGCUCUUUAUGACUUUCAACCCUCACAAGCCAGGAAGAAAGUAGCAGAUGUCAUAACCUACGGCUUCCCUACUUACAAGUCAUUUAAGGCAUGUGAAUGUGGGUUCAAUCCUUGUGUAUGCUUCUCUGGCUUUAUGCUGUCAAUCACAGAAGAUAAUUGGAUAAAUAAGCACAAUUUAAUGUCGGGAAAGCUUUUAAAAAAUCUGUAUGUGAAGCGCACAAACUGUAGCUUUGGCUUUAAGUAUAUUGACUGGAAUGGUUAUGCUGAUGAGUUCACUUUAACAUCUAUACUCAAUCCCCAUGAAAAAAAUUUGCCUAUUAAGAAAAAGUCUGAUGUCUUAGUGAACAUUGCUGUUUUCAGUGUUUGUCCUCUGGAAUUUAAAGUCCUUCUGGAAAUCAAGCGUAAUGUGUUUGGCAAUACCUGUAACUCUGCAAAUGUCAAUGAAAAUCUUCUUCUGCUGGGACUGCAAUCACAUCGUGUUCAUAUCUACAAUUUUGAAGAGUUUUUAAAAGGAGGUUUCAUUACUCCUUACCAUAUAGGAGAAAAGUAUGAAAACAUGGGAAGAAUUGGAGAAUAUCCGGUCGGAAUUCCAUUGAAUUUUCAGUAUUACGACGCACCUCCUCUGCUGUUCAAUGUACAAAGCCAUGGCCAUACGCUCAGGUUUGGCGGUUUUCCAUUUCAUUACAUAACAACCUCCCCAACCUGCCGCUUUGAAUACAGCAUUUGGAGUGUGAGCAAUCAUGAACUUGUGGCAAAUGGAACUUUUAAAACCAAUGAAUUUCAUGACGAACCAGAUGUGCUUACAUUCCAUUUGGAUAAUUCCAACAGGGUAAUUUUCAAAAGUCCUCUCAAUGCAUGUUGCUAUGAGUUGAGAAAUAUUAAUGGGAAAAUGACUCUGGAUUUUUCUUUCUCGAUGUGGUUUAAAUUUACCAAAAGAGAUCCCUGUUACCGUUCUUCUUCUGGUAGAAUGUUGAAGUUUAUAAAUGUGGCUGAAAUUGAAAACAGUAUUUUUGCGUUGGAGUAUGAUGUGGAAUUGAGUUUGAUCUGUCUUCUUGGUGUUCGUCCUGAUCACCUCCCAUGUCAGGGGUACAUACAAAUUUAUGAUUCCUUCACGGGAGCCGAAAUUAAAACUAUUGAAAUGAAAAUGCAGUUGAAUGAGCUAAACACAUAUCAUUUAUUUUUUGAUGUGGAAAAUAUCAUCAUAGUGGAGAAUGAUGAGAGAAAAAAUUUUCAUAUAUAUUUGUACAGAUUGUACAGGUUAAGUAAAAUUCAAGGUUGAGAAAUAAUGUUCUGGUCACCAAUGGUGAGUAGAAGAUUUGCCACUAUUUUUGUAAGCCAAAAAAAAGUAGCCUCACAACUUGCUUU